GUUAGUUCGUGUGUGUUACUAUCAUUUUGUUUUAUUUACAUCUUCAUAUUUUAUAUGUAAUUGUUAAGUUUGAUGAUAACUUUAUGAUUCAAGUUGUUUAGAGUAUGUGUAUCAGAAAUUUCUCAUUUAAACUCAGUACAGUGUUUUUAGUGUGUUAUUUCUUUCCCAUUAGGAAUUUACGCUCUACAUUUUGAUAAACAAAUGGAGAAUCCGCCUUCAUCUUUAGCUCUUGUGAGACGCCGUAGACAGGCAAGAUUACGUCGGUCGUUGCAUGAUGUUACAGAUGAGGAAAUUGAGGAUUCCGUCGAUUCAAGUUGGAUAAGUCUGGCUGAUGAGAGUCGAUUAAUGUGUCAUUCUGGUUUUGAACUUGUGUCGAAGCGAAGGGAGGCCAACGCUAGAGAGAGGCUUCGAGUUCGAAAUUUAAAUUCAGGAUUUGCAAAAUUACGUCGAAUAUUGCCGACAGUCCCAUCAAACCGUAAACCAAGCAAAGUUGACACAUUACAGGGGGCAAUUGACUACAUUUAUGAACUUGAAAAAAUCCUCGAAGCAACGGGAGGAAUACCGAAUAUCAAGAAAACGAUCGGUUCUGCGCCCCAUUGCCAUUCCCGACAGUCUGUCACUGAACGGCCGUUUAUUGACGAUGUUUUCACCGAUGUUCCGCGCGUACCUCCUAUUCGUUACCCUCCGCCAUUUAACAGAUAUGAAGGUUCAACUUGUUGCUUACUGUGUCCAGAAAGUUCAUCGCCACCCUCAAAUUUUUUCCCGUACACCCAGAAUUUUUCGGGAAUGUCUUACUUGGCAGUUCCGCCACGUAGCUCUCGAUUGUCACCAAAUGGUUCAAACGGACUUCCGUCUCCAACAUCAUCGAUGACGUCAGAGGAAUCACAUCAUAACGAUCAUGGAGGAGUCUCUAUUUAUCAGCAAGCUAUCCUGUUUUGA